GAGGCGCUCCUCACGCGCAGUUCGCAGCUGGUGUGGUCCGGCGGCCCCCGCGUGCAGCGCGGGCAGCCGACCUUGCUGCAGAGCAUCCAGGCGCUGGCGGAGGCGGCGGCGGGCGAGCCCGUCCCGCAGGCCCCGCCCGUGAGGGCGGCGCUCCUGUGGCCGCCUGCGCUGCUGGUGCGGUGCAGCGGGGACGGAGCCGCCCGGCGUGCCGUCGCUGGCGCGUACGCCGCGAGCGGCGACGAGCGCGAGGGCAGGCCGGUGUACAGGCGCACGGCGGCCUUCGGACACCCGGCCGCGACGCUCUACUUCGGUGCGGCGCCCGGCGCGGCUGGCGGCUGCGGGCCGCGGGGGUGGUGGCUGGGGCCCGAGGCCGAUUGCGGUGAGCCUUGGGCGCACCACCCCGCCACCCACAGGGCCCAGCGCCGCGCGCCGCCGCGCUGCGGCUGGGGGCUGCUGCGGGGCGGGGGGCCUGGCGAGGUUUUCGUGGACAGCUGCGGACCUCGCAGACCGGAGAGCCCUGACGGCAGCGAGGAGGGG